AUGUCUUCUCAUCCAAAAUACAGCUCCAAACUCCAAAAUGCCCGCAUCCUCAUCAUCGGCGGAUCCUCCGGCCUGGGCUUCUGCGUCGCAGAAGCAUGUCUCGAAUUCGGCGCCAUUGUCACUAUUUCCUCGUCCAACGAAGAGCGCGUGGCGGCUGCUGUGCAGCGGCUGGUGAGUGGGUGUUCGAGCACCGAGGCUAGGGUGUUUGGCGUGCGUGUUGAUUUGGGGGAUGCGGAGACGGUGGAGGAGGAGGUGAGGGGCCUGUUGGAGACGACAAGGGAGAGGAAUGGAGGGGAGAUGUUGGAUCAUGUUGUUUUUACGGCGGGGGAUAAAUUGGUGAUUGGGGGGUUGGGAGAUCUGACAAUGUCCAAAAUCCUAGCCGCGGGCCAAAUCCGCUUUUUCGCACCACUGAUCCUGGCGAAGUACCUGCCCUCGUACUUGAACUCGUCUUACAAGUCUUCCUACACCAUUACCACGGGCGUGGUCGCUGAGAGGCCCAUUCCGGAUUGGAGUGUGAUUGCCUCGUAUGCUGGUGGUCACCAUAGCAUGGUGCGUAAUCUGGCGCUCGACAUGAAACCCAUCAGAGUCAACGGGGUGAGUCCCGGGGCCGUGCGGACAGAGCUCUGGGGCGAUGAUGGAGAAGAGAUGAUGCGAGCGUUGGAGGAGAAGAUGACGACGGGGAGAGUCGGGGAGGCAGAGGAUGUUGCGGAGAGUUUUUUGGCGUGUUUGCGGGAUGCGAAUAUGAGUGGGGCAGUGGUGAGGACGGAUGGGGGACAGUCGUUGACGUAG